AUGUUCGAUGAGGAGACGCCGCAAGUGAUUCAGGAGAACAUUAUAGGCGGCUUUUUAGGGAAGAAGUACUACAGGAGCAGCUUUUUCCGCCACAGAAGUACUACAGGUACCACAGGAAGAAGUGCUACUAGGUAUGAAGAAACACCACAAGGACAGCAGAGAGCUACACAUGGUACCAUGAAUACUAGUACUCCAGUUGGAGCAACAGGCACUCGUCCAGUUGGAGCAACAGGCGAAGAAGACCGUCAGCAUGCUGGUGACGUCACACCUGAAGGAAUGCAAGAUGCUUCUCAGUCCGUUGGCAGCACAAUGUCGCCACCUAUCAGUGCUGCUUUUUCUCCGCCAGAAAGUUCAGAACAGUGUGCGAAUUUACUUUAAGGCUUCCUUGAGAUAGUAAGUUCUUGUCGAAUCGGUCGUUUGUGUUUUGUCAUCUGGAAAUAAGCGCAUCUUUUAUCAAUCUCGGAGUAGAACAACAAAAUUUAUUAAGAACCUGCUCGUUGUAGUAUUAGUUUUCCUUCUACCUUCAGCCUCGACCUUUCCUCCUCUAAUCCCCACCAGGCUCGGGCCAUACUUUUUCCGCCAAGGACGCCAAGGCUUUAGAGUCAGGUCUUAAGAAUUUGCUCGCAUGUUGCGUUAAAGAAUUCUUGGUGGAGAUGUGGAAGGAGAAAGCCGAAAGAGACCAGAGGGAGCUCUUAAAGAGAUUUGCAGAGAAUGUGCGGAAAAAUCUGCCCGGGUCGCCAGAGGUGUAUACUAGAACAGUGACAUCGCAAAUCGACGUGCCCGCUUUAGUGCAGGGUCCGAGUGGCAAGAAGGAAAGGGGAACGAAAAAAGUUCUUAUGAUAUGUUGGACUGUACAACAUGAUCUUCUUCUUGUUACUAGAUUUCUAAAGGAUCUAUUUAGUGCCUCACUUUUUAUUUUUGCUCUCAUAUGAGAAUAAGUACUCCUUUAUAUCUUGCCUGGUAGAUGAUGGACUCGACCUCCUCUAACUUCCAAAGAAAAGUACAGCAGCUGCUGUUUGAACGCAGGCCUGUGCGACACAAGAAAAAUGAAACUGGAGAAUACGUCAAGUCUGAGGAAAGUAAAACAGUGAUAGCGAUGGUAGAACUUCCAGCGACGCGGAGAAGCAGUACGAUAGGCAUCGGCCCAGACGCGGUUUUCGUCGGACACGUCACCACAGCCGAUGAACAAGUUAUGGGCACGUUGGUGUUGUGAAUUGAUUCUUAGUAGAGUGCUUGGGACCACUAAGAGAAUCUAUAAUCUUAUACAUAGUGAAUCUAUAAUCGGAUUAAGGUUUUGAUUUUGUUGUUUCGAGAUGGACGUAAAUGUCAGCUACUAGAAACAAGCAUCUUUUAGGCGUGCCUCUAACUGCUCCCGCCGUCCGGAUGGUACGAUCCUCGAAGACCGAUCUGCCUUCGAGAAGCGCUUUCGGCGAGGUCAAGAAAUCGUUUGCAAACAAGAUGCUGAGGGUUGCGGAGAAGCCAACAACCGGAAUAAACGGUUCAUGCUAGAUCCUGUUGUCCGAAAACUUAUCGAGGGUGAUCACAACGCGAAGAUGGUGGGCCUUUCUUCAUCAUCAUCUGGCUCUCCACCUGAGCUGCAACAGCAUGAACAAUUCCUGAAGAGGGAUCACCUAUUCGAGCCUCGCAGUGAUAUUCGAAUGGAUGAUAUGAAACGAAAAAGUGCACUCACAGUCACACUCAAGGAAGUACUUAGCUACUUUCCUGUUUGUGAAUCCUAGCCGAUCUGUUGAGUGUGAGUGCACUUUUUCCUUUCAUAGAUGAGAAAAAUGUUCUCAUCUGGACACCUUGGAACUGGGGAGCUGCGGACCCUGCACCUAGUCAUCUGGAGUUUGAAGAGGAAGAAGUCAACGUGGACGCAGCUAACGAGACUCUUCGUCUACGCGUAGCUGAACAAGCUGUGCAAAGCAGCGGCUUUUCAUCUUCUCCUUGGAGUUCAAAAUCACGAAUGAUCGCUUAUUUGGGUGCUGGUCUUGGUGCUGAG